AUUAGUCACAGAUGUUGCUCAGCAGACAGACACAAUGAUUCAGUCAUUUAACAUUUCAAAGAUGGGCUACAACAUCAUCUGCAUUCACCAACUCUGAUUACAUCAGAGCAAGAGUAACAGAACAUGAGGAAGGAUCAGUGAAUUAUGUGUUCAAGAAUGAAUUCUUCAUGCAUUUGGUUCUGUCCAUCUGUGAGAGAGCAAACAAGAUGAUCACUGACCAACACAGACUGUUCAGAGACGACAAUGGUCCUGUAAUAUAUGUUGAGAAGAAGAGAGAAGAGUAUUAUAGUGUUUUCCUGAAAUACUGUCAUGGAGCAACAUCAGCUGUUAUUUUUGGUGAGAUCAUCUGUCAGAAACUGAAAGAGCCCAUUGAGCAGAGCGUCUACAAGAAGACUGCCAGAGAUAUAGCAGAUGAAAUGAGAUCAAACUGUGAAUCACUGAAUGGAAACAGAUCAAAUCUGGAGAAACACAUCCUGAAGACACUGGCAGAAGAGGAGGAUUUCGACAAAUACAUGAACUACAUUAACACUCCCAGAGAUCACUACAAGAGUUUCAUCAGAGAUGAAGUCAGUCGGUACAUCACUGAUCAGUUCAGUGUCAGUGUUUUACCCAAGAUGAAGAGGGACAUUGAACUCCUGCAGAUGAAGAUCAUGGAAGCAGCUCAUGAAUCUACUGAACAUGUUCAAGAGAACAGAGGAGAUGCUGGUUUGUGGUUGAAGAGUUUCACACAGCAGCUCUCAGAUGAGCUGAUCUUCUCUGAAAAAGACCUCAGUGGAGUCAAUCAUGAUUAUGUUGAGGAUUUCAAACUGUUAGAAGAUGUGAUAAAGAGAGAACUUCCUGCUAUAAUGUAUGACAUCAGCAGGAGAUUCAACAGAAAGACAUUUGAUGAAAAACUGGACUAUGAAGACAGAACAGAUGAGCUUCUGAUUGAUCACUUCUGUCAGUGCUGUUGGAUUCAGUGUCUGUUCCAGAGAGAUCUGGAGAAAUACUACAUGAAAACAUUUGAUGGCUAUGGUGAGAUCCCAGACAACUGGAGAAGAUACACAAAACAGGAUGCUAUUGAGAGUUUGAAUACAUACAUGUAA